ACAGCUCCCGCCCGGACCAGUGCCAGCGGCAGCCUCGCUUCGGCGCCCGGUGCCAGCUGGCUCAUUCGCCUGGGACGGAGGCGGAGGCCUGGGGCUCCUUGCCGCUGGGGGGGGGGGGUGACUCCCCCCCACGCCCCCUGCCCUCUACCCACCCAAAAGAAGCCUCUCCACCCAACGCUUAGCCCUGGCAGCGGGUCCAGCUAGGAAUUACCCUGGUCACUUCGCCUGGGGCUUCCAGCCCACACCCCUCCGGGAGCAGUCGGGGUCUCGCGGAGGGUUUCCCCCGCCCCAGCCUUUUGCUCGAGCCUGCAGGGCUGCGCACACUUGCGAAGGAACAUGAAGGUGGGCUGGCCAGGUGAGAGCCCCUGGCGGGUGGGCCUGGCUGCGGACGGCAGCCCAGCUCUAGGAGCAGCACAGGUGGGAGGCCUCCCGGACGUGGUGCCAGAGGGGACCCUGCUCAACAUGGUGCUGAAGAGGAUGCACCGGCCCCGAAGCUGCUCUUACCAGCUGCUGCUUGAGCACCAGCGCCCCAGCCGCAUCCAGGGGCUCCGCUGGACGCCACUCACUGACAGUGAGGAGUCCCUGGAUUUCAGCGUGAGCCUGGAGCAGGCCUCCAUGGAGCGGGUGCUCAGGGCUGGGAAGCAGCUGCAUCGGCAACUCCUGGCCACCUGCCCGACGCUUAUCCGAGACCGGAAGUACCACCUUCGGCUCUAUCGGCAAUGCUGCUCCGGCCGGGAGCUGGUGGAUGGCAUCUUGGCCCUGGGCCUUGGGGUCCAUUCCCGGAGCCAGGCCGUGGGAAUCUGCCAGGUGCUGCUGGACGAAGGUGCCCUUUGCCAUGUGAAACACGACUGGACCUUCCAGGACCGAGACACCCAAUUCUACCGUUUCCCUGGGCCGGAGCCAGAGCCCGUGGGCAUCCACGAGCUGGAGGAGGAGCUGGUCGAGGCUGUGGCCCUGCUCUCCCAGCGGGGGCCUGAUGCCCUGCUCACCGUGGCACUCCGAAAGCCCCCGGGUCAGCGCACAGAUGAGGAGCUGGACCUCAUCUUUGAGGAGUUGCUACACAUCAAGGCUGUGGCCCACCUCUCCAACUCGGUGAAGCGGGAAUUAGCGGCUGUUCUGCUCUUUGAACCACACAGCAAAGCAGGCACCGUGUUGUUCAGCCAGGGAGACAAGGGCACCUCAUGGUACAUCAUCUGGAAGGGGUCUGUCAAUGUGGUGACCCAUGGCAAGGGGCUGGUGACCACACUGCACGAGGGAGAUGACUUUGGACAGUUGGCGCUGGUGAAUGAUGCACCCCGGGCAGCCACCAUCAUCCUACGAGAAGACAACUGUCAUUUCCUCCGCGUGGACAAGCAGGACUUCAACCGUAUCAUCAAGGAUGUGGAAGCAAAGACCAUGAGGCUAGAAGAACAUGGCAAAGUGGUGUUGGUGCUGGAGAGAGCCUCUCAAGGCGCUGGCCCUUCUCGCCCCCCAACCCCAGGCAGGAACCGGUAUACAGUGAUGUCUGGCACCCCAGAGAAGAUCCUAGAGCUGCUGCUGGAGGCCAUGCGACCUGACUCCAGUGCUCAUGACCCAACAGAGACAUUCCUCAGUGACUUCCUCCUGACCUACAGUGUCUUCAUGCCCAGUGCCCAGCUCUGUGCUGCCCUCCUGCACCACUUCCAUGCGGAGCCUUCAGGGGGCAGUGAGCAGGAGCACAGCACCUACAUUUGCAACAAGAGGCAGCAGAUCCUGCGGCUGGUCAGCCAGUGGGUGGCCCUCUAUGGGCCCAUGCUCUACACUGACCCUGUGGCCACCAGCUUUCUCCAGAAACUCUCAGACCUGGUGAGCAGAGACGCCCGGCUUUGCAUCCUGCUGCGGGAGCAGUGGCCGGAGAGGCGGCGACACCACAGGUUGGAAAAUGGCUGUGGGAAUGCAUCUCCUCUGAUGAAGGCCAGGAACAUGCCUGUUUGGCUCCCGGGCCAGGACCAGCCCCUCCCCAGCAGCAACUGUGCCAUUCGAGUUGGGGACAAAGUCCCCUAUGACAUUUGCCGGCCCGACCACUCGGUGCUGACCCUGAAGCUGCCGGUGACGGCCUCCGUGAGAGAGGUGAUGGCUGCCUUGGCCCAGGAGGAUGGCUGGACCAAGGGGCAGGUGCUGGUGAAGGUCAACUCUACAGGCCAUGCCAUUGGCCUGCAGCCAGAGGCCCGCGGUGUGGCCACAUCCCUGGGGCUCAACGAGCGGCUCUUUGUUGUCAACCCACAGGAAGUGCACGAACUGACCCCACACCCCGAGCAGCUGGGGCCCACUGUGGGCUCUGCUGAGGGGCUGGACCUGGUGAGUGCCAAGGACCUGGCGGGCCAGCUGACGGACCACGACUGGAGCCUCUUCAACAGUGUCCACCAGGUGGAGCUGAUCCACUACGUGCUGGGCCCCCAGCAUCUGCGGGACGUCACCACCGCCAACCUGGAGCGUUUCAUGCGCCGCUUCAACGAGCUCCAGUACUGGGUGGCCACAGAGCUGUGUCUCUGCCCCGUGCCGGGCCUGCGGGCCCAGCUGCUCAGGAAGUUCAUCAAGCUGGCUGCCCACCUCAAGGAGCAAAAAAAUCUCAAUUCCUUCUUUGCUGUCAUGUUUGGCCUCAGCAACUCGGCCAUCAGCCGCCUGGCCCACACGUGGGAGCGGCUGCCCCACAAAGUCCGGAAGCUGUACUCGGCCCUCGAGAGGUUGCUGGACCCCUCAUGGAACCACCGAGUCUAUCGACUGCUCCUCACCAAGCUCUCCCCCCCCAUCAUCCCCUUCAUGCCUCUUCUUCUCAAAGACAUGACCUUCAUCCAUGAAGGAAACCACACACUGGUAGAGAAUCUCAUCAACUUUGAGAAGAUGAGAAUGCUGGCCAGAGCCGUGCGGAUGCUGCACCACUGCCGAAGCCACAGCAACGUGCCACUGUCACCACUCAGAAGCCGCGUGUCCCAUCUCCACGAGGACAGCCAGGCCGCGAGGACAUCCACGUGCUCUGAGCAGUCCCUGGGCACCCGCAGUCCGGCCAGCACCUGGGCUUAUGUCCAGCAGCUGAAGGUCAUCGACAACCAGCGGGAGCUCUCCCGCCUCUCCCGGGAGCUGGAGCCGUGAGGCGGCUGGGGCUGGAGCAGGCACUUCCGGGCAGGAAAGCCAGGGCACGCCCGGGCCAAGGGGCCCCCAGGCCGGCCGCAGCUGGGCAGGGCUCUCCGUGGACUGGACUCGCGGCCCUGGAGUGGGCAGCGUGGCGGCGGCCGUCCCCCGUGAUGACGGGCGCCCGAGGAGGACCUCGAGUGGAAUGAGCCGGGGCCCAAGGCCAAGGAAUGGGGGACAGAGAGGCCCUGGAGCGGGCGGGAGAGCAGGGCAGGCGCUGGGACUCUGUUCAAUAGAGAGCUCUCCACACCAGGUUCUUCCCCCAGGUUCUGUGCCUCUGUGGCUUUGUUGUCCGGCCAUCUCCGGGUGGUUUCUCGGUGGACAGAGGGAGCAGGUC